CAGUUAUGAGCGUCACAACAAAUCCAUUAAUCACAGUUCCUCCCAAUAAUGGAAAUUGCUCUCUUCGAUCGAAUCUCCACCAACACCAAUUGAAUCAUCUCCUCUCCGACGAUGAACAGCCAGCGUGAUUAAUCUAAUGUCCAAACAAUUUCCAAGAGAAGAACGCGGUCAGAACCGGUUGUUUUCUAGAGCGUGGCCAUGAAAGUGGAAUUCGAUACAGGAAUAUUUAUUAUUGUACUUUCGCCUCCUCAAUUCACGUUAUAGUGUCCAUUAAUGAGCUGAGAGUGAGCUCCAAUUAUUGAAAUGGCAGAGAUCGACUCUGAUCGGAAUCGGAGUGCUUUGGAAAUGUCCUGCAGAAAGGAACUGCUCUCCGACGCCAUGAAGAGGACUAGCGAAUGGAUUCUUUCUCUCGAAAUCCCUAGCGACAUCACCGUCAACGUCGGGGGAACUUCAUUUGCUCUGCACAAGUUUCCUUUAGUUUCGAAAUGUGGAUAUAUAAGGAAGCUAGUCACGCAAUCCUCCGGUGUUGUUGAUUGUUCUGUUCUUGAUAUCCCCGACGUCCCCGGCGGGGCUGCCGGGUUCGAAUUUGCCGCCAAAUUUUGCUACGGGAUAAGCUUUUCGAUCGCCGUAGAUAACGCUGCAAUGGUUAGAUGUGUGGCUGAAUUUCUCGAGAUGACGGAGGAAUACGGACCGGGGAAUUUGAUUGUUCGAACUGAGGAAUUUGUAAACGACGAAGUUUUGAAGAGUCUAACAGGGGCGGUGUCGGUUUUGCAUUCUUCUGAAAGGUUUAUUCCGAUGGCGGAGAGGGUAAAUCUCGUGAGCCGGUGCGUGGACACGGUCGCGUUCUUGGCAUGCCAAGUCAGCCAAUUUGUCGGCAUGGAAGACAUGGCUUCAUCCGGCGCAAAGUCGUGGGCCAAAUGUUUGAUUGUUUUACGAAUCGAUUUCUUCCGGAGGAUUGUCGUCGCGAUGAUCGCGAGGGGGUUAAACGAGCGCGCGCUCAUUCUUGUGCUAAUGCUCUAUGCUCGGGAAUCUCUACGAGACUUGGAAGUGUCCGGCGAGGCUAAAAACAACGAGAACGAUCGUAAAUACUCGCAUGAGAAAAGGGUUGUUUUGGAAACUAUAGUAAGCCUUCUUCCGAGGGAUCGGAACACGGUUCCUGUCACGUUCCUUUCGACGCUGCUUAGAGCUGCAAUGUUCGUAGAAACAACCGUCGCUUGCCGGCUCGACUUGGAGAAAAGAAUCGCAACGCAGCUCGACAACGCUUCGCUCGAAGACUUACUAUUUCCUGCGAAUUCGAUUACCGAUGACACAUUGUUCGAUAUCGAGACAGCGAAGCGAAUAAUGCUCGAUUUUUUGGAAUUCUAUGUAAAACCGAAUGAAAAGGGCUUUCAUUUUCCGCCUUCGCCAAGCGCGAUCGAACAAGCAACCCGGCUAAUGGAGAAUUACCUUACCCACGUUGCUUCCGAUCCCAAUUUAUCGGUUUUAGAGUUCGUCAGUCUCGCCGAGGUUAUCCCUCGCCAGCACCGGUGGAGACAAGACGGGAUCUAUGGAGCCAUCGACGCCUACUUUAAGGCUCACCCGGCAUUGAGCGAUACGGAAAGGAAGAAGGUGUGCAAUGCAGUCGAUUUCGAAAAGCUUUCGCCCGAACCUCGAGCUCAUGCGGAGACCAACGACCGGCUUCCCGUCGAAACGAUCGUUCGAUUGAUUUGUCAUGAGCGACGACAUUCUCGGGAAUGGUUGGAUGAUGAGGUUCUUGGUUCCCCCGGUCCUCGUCUUGCGACGGACGAGGCGUUGCGACUGGAAAACCGGGAGCUGAGAAUGGAGGUUGUGGAGAUGAAGAGAAGGUUGAAGGAGAUGGAGAAGGAGAAGUCGUGUAAUGAAGUUGGUGUUGUGCAUUGGAAGUCAUUUGUAAGUUCGAUUUCGAGAAGGUUUAGCAAAUUUGUUGUUCGGGGGAAUGGAAAUGGAAAUGGCAAUGAGCCGUAGGGUAUGUUUCUUUUGGCCAAAAUUUCAAAUUUUUAUUAUUUGGUCUAUGCGUUUUUUUGAAAAAAAAUAUAAUUUUUUCUUUCAUAACAUACAUUAUUUUAAUAUUAAACUCAAAUCAAUUUUUUUUCAAAUUCAUCUAAAGAAACAUAUCCAAUGUUUAUCAAAUUUUUUUCAAAUCCAUCUAAAGAAACAUAUCCUACGUUUUUUAA